UUAAAAAUCUGAUAAAAUGGGCAUUCCAACCAUAAAGAAAUGUUGCUGCCUGGAGCUGAAGUGGGGUGCUCUUAUCGCCGUCGUGGUUGAUUGGCUCUUUGCAGGCGCUAUUCUCGGCCAGACUAUGUGUGAGUUUGAUUGAAGUGUCCACAGGAUUAGAGAAUGAAAACGCACCAAAUGCACGAAUCUUGCAGAUUUCAAGGAUCACGAUGGGGGUAUGAAUAUCGUCUGGUUCGUUGUCGCCCUGGUCCACAUUGCCCACAUAGUUUGCAUCAUUUUGGUUCUUGUUUCCCUUUGUGUGCCUAAUAAAAAGCUCGUCGCUCCUUAUCUGAUAACCGCAAUAAUUCGCGUAAUUAUUGAUAUCAUACUUUUCAUUUUCGCAUGCAUAAAACUGGGCGACCGUGAUAUCUUGGGACUGGUUUUAAUCAUUAUUGGCAUAAUUCUUGCAGUCAUCUUGUGGAUCGUUGUCUUCUCGUGGUACAAGAAGCUUGGAGGCUCAGCGGACAUAUAGAUCACUCAGACGACAGCAUU